ACGUGAGUCUGCCGGCUAUCUCAGCUCUUUCACACACUCUCAACUAACUCUGUGUUGAACCCCCGUUACCGGGCAAUGUUUUAAGGGCUUAUUUCGGUCAGGGAAGGAUUGGAUCUACCAAACCUAACUCUAUACUAUUCACCUACACAGAAGACAGCAGACUUGAUCAGUUCACUUCCUGCGACUCGUGGUCUUUCACUAUCCCACUGGUUACGGCCCCUAGAGUGAAAAAACUGUGAUUUUGGCCUCAAUUGUGAAGAUCCAUCCAUCUGUCCAGCACUUCUCUCCAUUCCUGCCCUCCCCCUCUUCCCCCCUCAUCCUGCACAGCUCAUGACAUCAGUGCAACCAACAUGGCAUUUUCAUCGCGCUUUUCCUUCUGGGAGCAAAAGGUCAAAGAAGAGGUCAGACCACCAGGCUCCAAGACUUCAAACCAGGGUUCAGACAGCGACAGUGGCAGUAUGAGUAUCCGCUCCCAGUCCGUGCCUAGUCUGGAGCCUGGCAGGGGCCUACUCUGCAGUAAAAGCCCUGAGCCGGCCAAGACACCGCCCGGGGUCAGGGUCAGGAGUCCCUCACCACCCAGGGUACGCAGGGAUGUAAAGGUCCCUGAACGCUUCAAAAGUCCAGUGCCUCCGAUCCAGAUGCCAGCACAACGCUUCAGGAGCCCUGACCCACUCAGAGCUUCCAUGAUUAGCCCUGAGCCUGUGCUGAACGGGAACAGCAAGUCCAACGGAUCCGUUAAUGGAAGUGCCGUCAAUGGAAGCUUUGCCAACGUCAGUGCCAACCAGCCAGACCUGGACAACGAUGAUCAGAGCCUUACCCGCAAGAAGGUAGUGAAGGUGGUACGUCGAGUGGUGAGGAAGGUACUACCUGCAGAAGAGGAGUAUGCUCCAGCUCCUGAGCCUACCAAACCUGCCCCUGAACCUCCUAAAUUGGUGCUAUCGCAAGUGCUAAGAUCUGUGCCCAAGGUCCCAAAGGUUCCACUGUUCUCUUUCAAGCACGACACCAUCAAGACAGAGGAGAAGGACAAUAUAUCAGCUGGGCUGGCCAGCCUCAUGGUCCGCGGGAGGACCAGGGACCGCCCUCGCACACGCAAAGAUGGGCCACCUGAAAAAAAACAGGAGGAAGCGGUGAAAAGAGAAGAAAAAGAAAGUCCAAAGUUGGUUGAUAUUAAAUCUAGCCCUAAAGUCGGCCCAGUUUCAAAACCGGAAGAUAAGACUCCCGUGUUGGCGGCACCUGCCAAAGUUCCUCCUACUGCUUCUACUUUGACCUUGGUUCCCUCCAAGUCUGCACCCGCAGGCUUCAUCCCUGCCUCAAAGCCUUCCUCGCUCUCCCCUCCCGCAGGUUUCAUUCCACCACCAAAAUCAGCCUCCCUUAGCCCACCUGAUGGGUUUGUACCAGCACCAAAAUCAGCCCCCCUUUGCCCACCAAAUGGGUUUGUACCAGCACCAAAAUCUACCCCUCUUUCCCCUCCAGCAGGGUUUGCACCAGCCCCAAAAUACACUGCUGUUACUCCUUCAGUUAUCACUGUAGCUCCCAAAUCCUCUCCAGCCAAUCACCCGCCAUGCUUCGUCCCACCACUAAAAUCGACCCAUAUGUCCUCACCUGCCGGGUUCAUACCAGUCCCAAAAUAUAUACCCCUUUCCCCAUCUGCUGGUUUUGUCCCCUCUUAUAAAUCCUCCCCUGUCACUCCCCCUUCAGCAUCCGUUCCCACCUCCAAGUCCUCCUCCAGUACUUCCGCUGCAGGGUUCAUCCCAGACCCCAAGGCCUCACAUCUCUACCCUAACCCUCCCAAGUCCUCGGCUCUAUCCCCUCCUCCUGCGGUCAUCACUCCCAAGGCGAGUACCCUCUCUCCACCACCGGAGUUCAUCCUGCCCCCCAGACAGCCAACCGUGAAGAUGCCUGAGGUGAAGGCUUUGGCAGCCUCUCCCCUGUCCUCUGUUCCCAUUGAGAAGGCUUCACCGCAGAACAAUUCAUCAACCAUUACCCCAAACAUUACCCAAAAGGAGGUGCCGCUCAGUCCCACUGAAGAGGCUCAUAGACGCCUGGAGAGGAUCUUCACUGCGCCUCUGGAGCCGGUGGUUCGUGCCUCAGCUCCGCUCCUUUCUCCGGCCCCAACCCCCCCUCAGGGACAGGUGGACGAGGAUCCUGUGGCCAUCCUUCAGGCGUCUCACGCCGCUGCCCAACAACCCAAGGUGAAGACAGAGGAGCAGAUAGCCACAGAGCAGGCAUGGUACGGCUCAGAGAAGGUCUGGCUGGUCCACAAGGAUGGCUUCUCCCUGGCGACACUGCUGAAGACUGAGGCGGGCUCCCUGCCGGAGGGGAAGGUGAAGAUCAAACUGGAACAUGACGGGACAAUCCUGGACGUAGAUGAGGAUGACGUGGAGAAGGCGAACCCCCCGUCGUUUGACCGCUCUGAGGACCUGGCCUCGCUGCAGUACCUCAAUGAGUCCAGUGUGAUGCACUCCCUGCGGCAGCGCUACGGGGGAAACCUCAUCCACACACACGCCGGGCCCAACAUGGUCAUCAUCAAUCCCCUCAGCGCUCCCUCCAUGUACUCAGAGAAGGUGAUGCACAUGUUUAAGGGGUGCAGGCGAGAGGACACGGCACCUCACAUCUACGCGGUGGCACAGUCGGCCUACAGGAACCUGUUGACCACGCGUCAGGAUCAGUCCAUCGUGCUGCUGGGGAAGAGCGGUAGCGGCAAGACCACCAACUGUCAACACCUGGUCCAAUACCUGGUCUCCAUCGCUGGCAGCACCGGAAAGAUCUUCUCUGGAGAGAAGUGGCAGGCAGUAUACACCAUCCUGGAAGCAUUUGGGAACAGCUCCACCUCCAUGAACACCAACGCCAGCCGCUUCUCUCAGAUUGUCUCUCUGGACUUCGACCAGGCUGGCCAGGUGGCCUCCGCAUCCAUACAGACCAUGCUGCUUGAGAAGCUGAGAGUGACCAAACGGCCGGAGACUGAGUCCACCUUCAACGUCUUCUACUACAUGAUGUCCGGAGCUGACAGCACUCUCAGAACGGAGCUGCACUUUAACCACUUUGCAGAGAACAGCGCAUUUGGAAUUGUGCCUCAGUCUAAACCGGAGGACAAACAGAAGUCAUCUCAGCAGUUCACCAAGCUGCAGGCAGCCAUGAAGGUGCUGGGCAUCUCAGUGGAGGAGCAGAGGGCUCUGUGGCUCAUCCUGGGGGCCAUCUACCACCUGGGGGCAGCGGGGGCCACCAAAGAGGCUGGCGAAGCUGGCCGUAAGCAGUUUGCCCGUCAUGAGUGGGCCCAGAAGGCAGCCUACCUGCUGGGCUGCACCCUGGAGGAGCUCUCCUCUUCCAUCUUUAAGCACCAGGCCAAGGGACCCAUGCAGAGGUCCACCUCCUUCCGUGGGGGGCCCGACGAGGCCGGCGCAGGAGACAGCUCAGGCUCUAAGAUCACAGCCCUGGAUUGUUUGGAGGCCAUGGCUUCAGGCCUGUACUCAGAGCUCUUCACCCUCGUUAUCUCCCUUGUCAACAGAGCUCUGAAGUCCAGUCAGCACUCACUGUGCUCUCUGCUCAUCGUGGACACACCGGGUUUCCAGAACCCUCGCAUGGCCAAGCGGCAGCGUGGUGCCACCUUCGAGGAGCUGUGCCACAACUACGCCCAGGAGCGCCUGCAGACUCUGUUCCACGAACGCACCUUUGUACAGGAGCUGGAGAGAUAUAAGGAGGAAAACAUAGAGCUUGCAUUAGAUGACAUAGAGUCCAGUACCUCAAUGUCUGUAGCAGCUAUAGACCAAGCAUCUACUCAAGCGCUGGUGCGCACCCUGGCGAGGACAGAUGAGGCUCGAGGUCUGCUGUGGCUGAUGGAGGAGGAGGCUGUGCAGCCAGGGGGCUCUGAGGACACUCUGCUGGAGAGACUCUUCAGUUACUACGGCCCUGACCAGGGGGACAACAAAGGACACGCCCUGCUCCUGAAGAGCGACAAGCCGCAUCACUUCCUGUUGGGCCACAGCCACGGGACGGACUGGGUGGAGUACGAUGCUCAGGGUUGGCUGAGCCACGCCAAGCAGAACCCCGCCUCCCAGAAUGCUGCCACUCUGCUGCAGGACUCACAGAAGAAGAACAUCAGCAGCCUGUUCUCUAGUCGUAGUGGAGGGCCCACAGUGCUGUCUGGCUCUAUCGCAGGGUUGGAGGGGGGAUCUCAGCUGGCUCUCCGCAGAGCCACUAGCAUGAGGAAGACCUUCACAACCGGCAUGGCUGCAGUGAAGAAGAAGAGCCUCUGCAUCCAGAUCAAACUGCAAGUGGAUGCUCUGCUGGACACAGUACGCAGGUCCAGAGUUCACUUUGUCCACUGCCUACUGCCCAAAGCAGAUGCGGUGGGGGCGGGUGGGGAGCCGCGCGUGGCCCACGGAGAAAGCUGCGACUCAGGCCUCAUGCAGCUGGAUGUGGGCCUUCUGAGGGCUCAGCUCCGUGGAUCGAAGCUUAUUGACGCUCUGCGCAUCUACAGGCAAGGAUACCCUGAUCACAUGGUGUUCUCUGAAUUCCGUCGCCGCUUUGAUGUGUUGGCACCCCACCUGACCAAAAAGCACGGGCGCCACUACAUCGUCACAGACGAGAAGCGAGCUGUGGAGGAGCUGUUGGAGUCUCUGGACUUGGAGAAGAGCAGUUACCACAUGGGCCUGAGCAGGGUGUUCUUCAGAGCUGGGACCCUGGCCAAACUGGAGGAGCAGAGGGACGUCCAGACCAGACGCAACAUCACCAUGUUCCAGGCUGCCUGCAGAGGAUACCUGGCCAGACAGGCCUUCAAGAAGAGGAAGAUCCAGGACCUGGCCAUCCGCUGUAUCCAGAAGAACAUCAAGAAGAACAAGGGCGUGAAGGGCUGGGCCUGGUGGAAGGUGUUCACCACAGUACGCCCCCUUAUAGAGGUCCAGCUCACAGAGGAGCAGAUACGUGGCAAAGACGAGGAGAUCCAGCAGCUGAAAGGGAGGCUGGAGAAGGUGGAGAAGGAGAGGAACGAGCUGAGACUCAACAGUGACCGCCUGGAGAGCCGGAUCACAGAGCUGUCGUCGGAGCUGGCAGACGAGAGGAACACAGGAGAGUCGGCCUCUCAGCUGCUGGAGUCUGAGACCUCAGAGAGACUGAGACUGGAGAAAGACAUGAAGGACCUGCAGACUAAGUUUGACUCGAUGAAGAAGUCUAUGGACUCUAUGGAGAUGGAGGUGAUGGAGACCAGACUCCUCAGAGCCUCCGAGCUCAACGGAGAGAUGGACGACGACGACACAGGGGGGGAGUGGAGACUGAAGUAUGAGAGAGCCAUCAGAGAGAUUGAGUUCACCAAGAAGAGGCUCCAGCAGGAGUUUGAUGACAAGCUGGAGAUGGAGCAGCAAAACAAACGACAGCUGGAGAGGAGGCUGAGUGACCUCCAGGCAGACAGUGAGGAGGUGCAGCGUACGGCCCAGCAGCUGAAGAAGAAGUGUCAGAGAUUGACGGCUGAGCUACAGGACACCAAGCUACACCUAGAAGGCCAGCAGAGCCGCAACCAUGACCUGGAGAAGAAACAGAGGAAGUUUGACUCCGAGCAGAACCUGUCUCAGGAGGAGGUUCAGAGGGAGAAGAAUAUUAGAGAGAUGCUGAGCAGAGAGAAGGACAUGCUGACUGGAGAGGUGUUUAGCCUACGACAGCAACUGCAGGACAAGGACCUGGAGAUGUGUGCGCAGAAUGUGAAGUUAGAACAGCUGGAGGCGGAGCUGCUGGACCUGUCGUCCCAGGAGACCAAGGAUGAGGCGUCGCUGUCCAAGGUGAAGAAGACGAUGCGUGACCUGGAGGCCAAGGUCAAAGACCAGGAAGAGGAGCUGGAUGAACAGGCCGGAACUAUACAGAUGCUGGAGCAGGCUAAGCUGCGUCUGGAGAUGGAGACAGAGAGACUGCGCCAGACACACUCCAAGGAGAUUGAGAGUAAAGAUGAGGAGGUGGAGGAGAUCAGACAGUCCUGCAGUAAGAAGCUGAAGCAGAUAGAAGUCCAGCUGGAGGAGGAGUAUAAUGACAAACAGAAGGUCCUACGUGAGAGGAGAGAACUGGAGACCAAGCUGCUGUCUGCUCAGGACCAGGUGAACCCCAGAGACGUGGAGACAGAGAAGAGGCUGAGGAAGGAUCUGAAGCGCACCAAGGCCCUGCUGGCCGACGCCCAGAUCAUGCUGGACCACAUGAAGAACAACGCCCCCAGCAAGAGAGAGAUUGCCCAGCUCAAAAACCAGCUGGAGGAGUCAGAGUUUACUUGUGCGGCAGCAGUGAAGGCCCGUAAAUCUAUGGAGGUGGAGAUUGAGGACUUGCAUGUGCAGAUGGACGACAUCUCCAAAGCCAAACAGGCUCUGGAGGAGCAGUUGAGCAGGCUGCAGAGAGAGAAGAAUGAUCUGCAGUCUCGUAUGGAGGAGGACCAGGAGGAUAUGAACGAGCUCAUGAAGAAGCACAAGUCAGCUGUCUCCCAGUCAACUCAGAACCUAGCCCAGAUCUCUGACCUACAAGCCCAGCUGGAGGAGGCCCUCAAGCAGAAGCAGGAUGUCCAGGAGAAGCUCUCGGCACUGCAAAGCCAGCUGGAGUUCCAGGAGACUUCUAUGGUGGAGAAGUCUCUGGUCAGCAGGCAGGAGGCCAAGAUCCGAGAGAUGGAGACCAAGAUGGAAUUUGAGAAGACGCAGGUCAAACGCUUGGAGAGCCUGGUGGCCCGCCUGAAGGAGAACCUUGAGAAGCUAACAGAGGAGCGGGAUCACCGCAGCACGAGCGAGACCCGGGAGAAGGAGCAGAACAAGCGGCUCCAGAGACAGAUCAGAGAUAUCAAGGAGGAGAUGGGAGAACUGGCCAAGAAGGAGGGAGAGGCCAGCCGCAAGAAACAUGAGCUGGAAAUGGAUAUUGAAAGCUUGGAGGCAGCCAAUCAGAGCCUGCAGGCAGACCUUAAACUAGCCUUCAAGAGGAUUGGUGACCUCCAGGCUGCCAUCGAAGAUGAGAUGGAGAGUGACGACAACGAGGACCUCAUCAACAGUUUACAAGAAAUGGUGACAAAGUAUCAGAAAAGAAGGAACAAAACUGAGGGAGACUCAUCUGACUCGGAGGUGGAAGACCGUGUGGACGGGGUCAAGUCCUGGCUGUCCAAAAACAAAGGCUCGACCAAGAACCUCUCAGAUGACGGCAGCCUCAAGAGCUCCAGAUUUGCCGUAAACGUAGACGCAGAGGAAGGGAAAGAGGGUAAGGAAUGGAAAGAGGGCAAAGAGAAAGCGGUAGAUCAGAGCAGGCCGGUGUCUGUGAUGAGUUCCCUGAGCUACAGGAAGCGCUCCAACAUCAAUGACUCCAUCGGAGGUAAAGGGGACGACAGCUCCCUCUUCAGUUCCCUCAAGAAUGACCAGGAGUCUAUCUCCUCCUUCCGUAAGGCCAAGCCCAAAGGCUCCUUACCCCAGGAUGACUCCUACUCAGUCAGCUCCAGCUCCUGGAGGAAGUCCCAGACUGGGAACGAUGAUGGCCGUGGCUCGGUUAUCUCCCAGGCCUACACUGAAGCCACCAGCAGGGCUAGGAAGGGCAUGGACAGCCGCUGGGGAGAUUUCGACAAAGAGUCCACCGUGUCCUCCAUGGUCCCCAGCCGGGCCUCCGUCGCUACCACGUGCCGUGGCCUGAGCCCAGACGACACCAUUCCCAGUCCCCUGAGCCGCCGCAGCAGCACCUCUCUCAGUCGCCGUUCUGGGGGCAGGAGCCCUGGCAGUGUGAGCUGUGCUGACUCACGCAUAUCUGACUUCCGCAGCUGCCGCCUGAGCGAGUUUGAUGACAUGGAGGACAGGCACAGCGUGGCCCUCACUGAGCGCUCCUCGGCCUACAGCUCUCACUCCUCCACGGGACGCAGCCUGUCCAUGCCCCCGCCACACGCCCGCUCCUCCUACAGAGAUGAUGACGAGCUCCCUGACACCUCGGACGUCAAGCCGGCCACCGUCGGCCACCGCAACUACCUGGACCCCGACCUGGAGAAGGCCAUCAACGAGGUGCUGAACUUCAAACCCAUCAAGUUCAAACGCACCAGCCUGGAAGACUCAGAGGCCGAGGCAGGGAGGAAAGAGGAUGAUACAGAGGAUGACAGGAAGGGUGUGCUUAGUGUCAGGGGGAGUGGCGACCGGGAGGUGGACAGCGGGCGCAGCACCAGCAGUCUGAGACGGUCCGCGUCGGCUGUGGACUGUAGGAGGUCCUCGAGCAGCAUGAGCAGCCACAGUCGCAGCCACAGUCGCAGCCACAGUCGCAGCCACAGCCGCAGCAACAGUCGCAGCAACAGCCGCAGCCACAGUCGCAACAGCGGCAAGAAGAGCCAAGGUAAGAAGAAGAAGAAGAGGAGGGGCCACGGCUCCGAGUCAGACAGCUCCAAUGAUGACCGCCGCAGCAGGAAGGGCAGCUCCAAGAAGAAGGACAAGAAGUCCAAAAAGGAGUCUUCUUCCUCAUCCUCAGAUUCAGAGUCUGACUCAGAGUCUGGCUCCAGUUCAGGUGCCUCUACCGUCUCCUACAAAAGCACCAACAGCGUGAAAAGAGCCCCUGGCCGCCAGGCCUCUAGCCCAGAGGGGGAGAGGGAGGCGGGGACGCCUUCUGAGGGGCAGCCCCCUCCUAACAAGAAGGAGGAGAAGAAUAGGAAGAAGAAAGUGGACAACCUGAUGAUGAAAUAUCUGUACAGACCGGACAGUGACUGAGGCUGGCAUCCUCCUAGCCGAAGACGGUUCUGCUUUGACAAAUCCGACGAAGAAGAGGAAGAUAAAAAAGAAGGUGGUGUGUCCCGAGGGUCCUACCGCUCCAGAAACACACGGGGCAGCUACCUGAACAACAGUGACAGCGAAGACAAGCCCUCUGAGACAACAUAGUUCACACACCAGCCAACAAACCCUGCAUGUUGAGAGGGCCCCUGUGGUGCUGUCAUCACACACAACCACUCUACUGUUCUUCUAACCCUGCAACAUGGCAAUGAUACUAUACACUAUCAUUAUUAUUCUACUGUUACAAAGCAGCUUGCAUUGCUAAGGUCAAGAGAAGUACGUCAGUGUACAGUACACAACACUAAUGGUUUCUCUCACUCUCCACUGGGCCAACCAUCUCUUAGUGUAUUUCACCAGUCACAUGUGACAAUGUCUCCAUCUUGGAUCUGGCCCCUCCAGUUGAACAGCACCUCCAUUAAUAAUUUCUUGUCUCUGCUGGCUGCAUGAGGACAGCUGCUGCUUGGCUGGCGCCAUCGUCUCCUACUUCCUAGACUCUGUCAUCGUCAUCAUGGUUGUAACUGAGCCAAAGAACUAGCUAUGUUCCCUUGUGUUUUAUCUCUGCAUCGGGGGACCAGAAAGUCUAACAAUCUAACAAAAAAAGACGGAGGAAAUAAGUACCAAAAAAGCCUUUGUUGCCAGUAGAUGUGUACACUGUGUUAUUGCUUAUCAAGUAGAUGUGUACACUGUGUUAUUGCUUAUCAAGUAGAUGUGUACACUGUGUUAUUGCUUAUCAAGUAGAUGUGUACACUGUGUUAUUGCUUAUCAAGUAGAUGUGUACACUGUGUUAUUGCUUAUCAAGUAGAUGUGUACACUGUGUUAUUGCUUAUCAAGUAGAUGUGUACACUGUGUUAUUGCUUAUCAAGUAGAUGUGUACACUGUGUUAUUGCUUAUCUGAGUCCUGGUAAAAAGACCAGAGUUUAUUUUUGGGAGAAGUGCCGCUGAUAUACAGUACAUAGGGUCCUCUACAGCUGUGCUUAGAUUCUGGCUGCAGCGCCGCGCCACCCCCCUGAAAGAAGACACUUUCAUCGGCUCAUCUGCUUGUUUUAGCAGGAGAAUAAUGCUUCCUAACAGGAAGACAACAGAAGAGAGCUGCUGCGCCAAACUGCUUCGUGAUGAAGGUUUUGCCCUUCUCUUCUUUUUUCCAUCUUUUUGUUUUGAUGUUUGAAAGAAGAUCAUUUGUUUUCGAGAGUCCUGCCAUCAAGAAAAUGAAUUUCCAGGAGGUUGGAGCGUAGCAUACCCUAUGAAAUGCCUUGCCUUUUAUUUCAACUUGAAUUGAACUAAGUACUUUGCAGAAAUGCUUUUGGGGUGAGAAUCUUUGACUCAGCUGUUUUUCUUUCUUCCCUCUGUCGUUGUGGUUGUUGUUGUUCUCGUGCUUUUCACUCGUUUUUUUUCUCUCCAUUUGACGUUUGCUUUCCAAAGGGAACGAUAAUGAACACCAUGCUUUAUGGUGGUUUGCCUUUAGUUUAUAUCUCCUUCAACACCCACAUGUUUUCUUUUUCUGAUAAACCAUACUGGAUUACACAUGGUGAGGAUUUGGGUUCCUCAACGCGCAUGUUAAAUCCUCCUGUGUUGCAUCACCACUCUGUAAACGGGAUAUAAUGCAUUCAAAUCCUUUUCAGUGUCUCUGAAGCCUAUUUGUCAUGUAGGAUUCAUCAGUAUUCUGUCCUGAACCAAUGCUACUGUUCAUAACAGAGCAGCAGUUUAACCAGGAAGAUAUUAAAGACCCAUGCUUUUACGGUUGCUUGGUGUUACAUUGAACCCUUCGGCUGUCUCUUUAGUAUUUAUGAAUUAGCGUUAAUGAAUUGAGCAGGCCUGCCAAAAUGUGUAUUAUCCACCUGUACAAGGCAAGUGGGGCUGAAAGGAUUUUGUUGAUACUUUGCGUGAAGGGAGAAGUUUGGUGCGUUUGUAUUAUACAUGCUUUUUAAAGACACACCUAUCACCUUUUCCCUCAAUGCCAGGGUGUCCCCAACUCGGUCUUGGGGCCUGCCAGGGUGCACGUUUUGGUUUUUGCCCUAGCGCUACACAGCUGAUUAAAAUAAUCAAAGCUUGAUGAUGAGUUGGUUAUUUGAAUCAGCUGUGUAGUGCUAGGGGGAAAACCAAAGCGUGCACCCGGGGUGGGGGGGGGGGGGCAGGACCAAGUUGGGGAAACCCUGCUCUAUGCAGUCAACAUGAGUUUUAGAAGAAAUUGUAAACUGUUUUAUGAUCUUGUUUUAUGAUACUCUUAAACCAUGUAAACACCAGGCAAAACAAAGAAAUGAGCCAACAUAACAUUGCUGACUGUACACAUUAAUAUUUAUAUAAAUAUCUGUACUGAUUCAUGCUAGCUUUCAAAAUAGUAUAUUUUUAUUUUCGUUAUUGAACAAAAUGACCACUUAUUAUGAGUAAUUUUGCAUUACAGUUUAAUAUAUUGUAAAUAAAUGAUGACUCAGACU